AUGCGUGAGAUAGUCCAUGUCCAAGCUGGCCAAUGUGGCAACCAGAUUGGUGCUAAGUUCUGGGAGGUGAUCUCUGAUGAACACGGCAUCGACACGACCGGUACUUAUCACGGUGACUCUGAUCUCCAGCUCGAGCGUAUCAACGUCUACUACAAUGAGGCGGCAGGGGGACAAUACGUCCCAAGAGCGGUUCUUCUCGACCUCGAGCCAGGCACUAUGGACUCGGUCCGUUCUGGGCCAUUUGGUCAGCUUUUCAGACCUGACAACUUCAUAUUUGGCCAGAGCGGAGCAGGGAACAACUGGGCCAAAGGACACUACACAGAAGGCGCUGAACUCAUCCAUUCUGUGAUGGACGUUGUACGAAAGGAGGCCGAGGGAUGUGACUGUAUUCAGGGGUUCCAGCUUACGCAUUCUUUGGGAGGUGGAACUGGCUCUGGUAUGGGAACCCUCCUGAUCACCAAGAUCCGUGAGGAAUACCCUGAUCGGAUCAUGACAUCCUUCAGCGUUGUUCCUUCGCCAAAGGUUUCAGACACCGUCGUCGAACCUUACAAUGCCACCCUGUCCGUCCACCAACUGGUCGAGAAUACCGAUGAGGCGUUCUGCAUCGACAAUGAAGCACUCUACGACAUCUGCUUCCGAACCCUGAAGCUUACAACUCCGACCUAUGGCGACCUGAACCAUCUUGUGUCUGCAACCAUGAGUGGUGUCACAACUUGUCUCAGGUUUCCUGGCCAGCUAAACGCAGAUCUUCGUAAGCUAGCAGUCAACAUGGUUCCAUUUCCACGUCUCCAUUUCUUCAUGCCUGGAUUUGCUCCUCUUACAAGCCGUGGUAGUCAACAAUACAGGGCCACAUCUGUUGCCGAGCUAACACAGCAGAUGUUUGAUUCUAAGAACAUGAUGGCAGCCUGCGAUCCUCGCCACGGCCGCUACCUCACCGUCGCCGCAAUCUUCCGUGGCCGUAUGUCCAUGAAGGAGGUUGACGAACAGAUGCUCAACGUACAGAACAAGAACAGCAGCUACUUCGUCGAAUGGAUCCCCAACAAUGUCAAGACUGCUGUCUGUGACAUCCCUCCCCGAGGUCUCAAAAUGGCUGCCACCUUCAUCGGCAACAGCACCGCCAUCCAGGAACUCUUUAAACGCAUCUCUGAGCAGUUCUCCGCCAUGUUUAGACGAAAGGCCUUCCUUCAUUGGUACACUGGCGAGGGUAUGGACCAGAUGGAGUUCACUGAAGCUGAGAGCAACAUGAACGACUUGGUGUCUGAGUACCAGCAGUACCAGGACGCAACUGUCGAUGAGGAGGAUUUCGAUGAAGAAGAGGAAGAAGAACAACAGUAAGAUAUCCGUGAAGUCGCUUAACUCGAUUUAUAACUGGGAAUGAUUGAUAGGAACAUCUUGAUUGUAGAUCUUGUC